AUGUCUCAACAUGAUCAAGUUCCCUGUUUUUGUACUCGUACACUGCCACCUGAUGCUGCUCUCUUGAAUCGACUACAACACCUCAUGCCUCCAGUUGAUUAUAGUUUCAUGUCUCAUAUUAAGUUAGAACAUUCAAAUCUUGGUGAAAUUGUUGAUGAAAUUGAAGAAGAAGAAGAGGAGUUGUCGGAUGAAGAAAUUAUGGAAGAAGACGAGCAAGAGGUAGAGGAAGCCGUGAAUGAGUUGAUUCUUGAAGAAAUUAUAGAAGAAGAGGAGGAGAAUGUUGAAGUUGAAAAUAUGGAAGCAACAAUGGAGUCUGGGUGGUUUGUACAAACAAGAAUGGAGUAUGAUAUACAUUUGCUUAAUGAAGGCUAUCAGCAAACAAGUGGAAGACGGACUAGGACAGCUCGAAUGCAAGUGAAUACUAACUACAUUCGUUACAAUAUUCAAGUGACACAAUCGGUUCUUGAUGACACCUAUAGUGAUGAAAUUGAAGACGAAGAAGAGGAGGUGGUGGAGGAGCAAGACAACGAUAUUAAUGAGUUUGUGGAUCAAGAUAUGUCUGAGUAUUUCGAAAGAAGUACAUGUUAUGUUACUUGUGUUAUGGACAUAGACGCCAACGAAGAUGGUGAUGAUGAGGAACAAGAAGCAUGUGCUAUCUGCCUACUUGAAUAUAAAGAUGAAGAUAACAUUGGCACACUUCAAUGUGGCCAUGAAUUUCAUGCUGAAUGCAUCAACAAGUGGUUGCAGAGGAAAAAAUCAUGUCCUUUUUGUAGAGCUUCAGUUUUGCCCACAAACACAUGA